AUGAGGUGGGUACAAAAGUUCCUCAAUUGGCUCAAGAUUAUUGACAACAAGGUUAGAGAAUCACAACUGAAAGAUGCUUCAUCUUCCAAGGCUUCCGCUUCUGCUUCCGCUUCUAAGGACGACGCUUUCGUUUCUGCUUCUGAGGACGACGCUUCAGCUUCUAAGAAAGCCGAGAAAGAAUGUUUCUUGAAACAUUUUUUCAAGAAUGAAGUAGAUCCAGAGCCCGAGGACCAAGACGUCGAUCCAGUGCCCAAAGACCAAGCUUUCAUGGAACCACUUUUCCUAGAAGAAGUCGAGUCAGAAGACCAAUUUUCGGUGGAGUUAGAUUGGGACCGCCUCCUCACUAAAAUCUUGGAAGAUGACGCUUCUGCUUCCUCUUCGAAAGACAACGAUUCCGCUUCCAUGGACGACGGUUUCACUUCCACUUCCAGGGACGACGGUUUCACUUCCACUUCCAAGGACGACCCUUCCGCUUCCAUUGAUGACGCUUUCAAUUCUAAGAAAGCUGAGAAAGAACGUUUCUUGAAAGAUUUUUUCAAGAAAGAAGUGGAUCCAGAGCUAGAGGACCAAGACGUUGAUCCAGAGCCCGACUUUCAUUGA